GCCACGCUUACACCACUGCAUCAGGCUGUAAGAGGGUGUGAAACGUCAAACGCAAUGUUUACAUCCAAAAGGCUGUGUAGAUUUGUGCUCCCGUUUGCGGAAUCUUCUUCGAUAAAGUGCUGCUGAAAAGAGUGCGCGAUGGCUUUCGGUGAUUAUCCGGCGGAAUACAACCCGAAGAUCAACGGACCUUACGACCCUGCCCGUUACUACGGCAAGCCGGAUACGCCCUUGAGCCAGGUGAAGUUGAUCGAAUUGAGUGCUUGAUUUGGCCACCGUGACAAGAGCAAGGCUGCCGCUGGAGCCGUGAGCCGUACCUUUUGGAGAUGGCAACACAAAUACCCAAGCGGAUGGGAAUUGCCCCUUGCCCCGUUCUUCCAGGCUAUCGUCGGCGGAAUGGUGUUCUUCUAUGCCAUCAACUGCGGCAAACGGAAGCAUCACAGGAACUACAAGUACCAUUAAACGAAGGCACCCUGGAAGCAGGGCAGUGAGAAGC